ACGCCGGCGACACCAGAAGCAGACCUCAGAUCUUGUCAUGUGGUAGCUGCACAAUGAAAACAUCAUGGACCUUCAUUCGGUUCCUCCUUUUUUGCUUGGCACUGGAGAUGCCAAAAUCGUAUUCAGCUCCUGAUUUCUCCCUAUACUUGCAGUCCAUUCUCAGGAACCACACAGCUCACGCUUGUGACGGAGACACGCUCUCCAUCGAGUGUCCCUCCCGCUCAUCUGUCUCUGUCCUAUCGGCCUUCUAUGGACGCCGUGUUCCCAGUGAGCAUCUGUGUCCUUCAGUCAAUCAUAAUCUGACCACGGAGGACAUCGAGUGCACCACUCCAGUCGUCAUCGAGAAAGUUCUCUUCGAAUGUCAGGAUCAGCAGUUCUGUCACAUCCCCGUUUUCAGUCCGGUCUUCGGCCACGACCCCUGCCCACACACCAGCAAGUACCUACUAGUGUCGUACAAGUGUCGGCCAGAGCAGCACCACACCAGGCUGGUGUGUGAAAACGAAAGACUACGACUGACCUGUAAGAAUGACACGGUCCUGGCCAUCUACUCUGCUACGUUCGGACACCUGCUGCACGGAAGCCCCCUGUGCCCUCUGGGAUCUGGUCGGCAGGUGGACAUGGAGUGUUUGUCGCCUUCCGCCCUGAGAAAAGUGUCUCGCAGGUGUCAUGGCAGGUCCAACUGCUCUUUAAUAGCUGACACCCAAACCUUUGGGGACCCCUGCUUCCCCGGGACCAGGAAACACCUGCGGGUCUCCUUCACUUGUGUGCCACGAUAUCUCCUGGAGGAGAUGGGACGAGGGUCCACUGAUCCGUUCAUGAUCUCAGACUACACUCACGGAGGAUGGUACACUGGCCCCAUCUACAGGCCUCAAAACACACUAUUUACCAACUCUUUGGAGCUCAUUGAAAAAAUGUUGGGUCUACCAGAGCGAGUUGCUCUCUACUUCGUCUCUGGAAUCUGUGCUGGUCUGGUUUUCCUUCUCUGCUUGUUUGGCAUUCGCUCUACACUGGUGAAGGACGUGAAAGAGCUAGUUUCAGACCUAAGUGAAGAGCUUAAAGCCUCACGCCAGCGACGCAAGGAGACCAUAGUGGACCUCUUUGAUGAUGACAUCUCAGACACGUCGUCCUUCCGCCGACUCACACAGAUUUACUGUGAAGCAGACGCCUUCACUCCCUCCACCUUGACAGUAGAGAGGUUGGAGCAAGGUGUUGAGCAGAUGAGGGAUCUUUCUAAUGGGGACAUAUGGCCGCAUGGAGACUCCAGUCCCUACGUGAUUCACCACUUAAAAACAAGUGACAACUAGCUUGCGUUGACCUCUGAUUUGACACAAAUGAAAGUUAAUUUAAGUUUCUAAUUAUCAUCACCUUCAGAAUUAUGCGUUAUACUUAGGUGCAUGACUGGUAACCAGAUACAUUAAGAAUAGUUCGCCUCAUGAUGUGUUUGUGAAUUUUCAUUUGUGAUUUUGGGCUGGUUAUUAUUGUAAAGAAAGAAUAAAUAAA